AUGGCGGAACCUCUCUUCCCUGUUACAGUGGAGGGACAGACUAUCAACAUGUUAGUGGACACUGGAGCCACACUGUCCUCCAUCAGCCUUCGAAUCCCGGCAAAGAAACGUUCGGGAAAUUAUAUGACGUUGAUGGGCUUCGCGGGAGUACCAGUGAAUCUGCCUAUUUCAAUACCACUAAAGACUGAAAUUGCUGGACUGACACAAUAUCACUCUUUUGUGUUGACACAUGGAAAAGCCCCUGUUCACCUGAUGGGGAGAGACUUGCUGAUCAAGUGUGGAGCAACUAUCUUGUGCAGUACCGAUGGCCUGGUGGUGCGCUUGGCUGAUGGGACUCAGAUGAAUUGCAGCCUCAACGAUUCAAGGUGUGCCAGUAAUUACAUGCAGAGGUCGCUUGAAGAUGAAGUCGCGGACAUCUACUGGGUUCGUUUGAAACCAAAGCAAGAAGGGGAAGGUGGUGUGUACUCGACCUUCCUCCUGUGGAAGCCCUGGAUCGAUUCAGUGGUCUCAGUAAGACCUCCGAUUGACCCCCUCCACCUCACUCUGUUUUAUGAUCGAAAUCAAGAUUUGAUAUACCAAGAGGCAUUUGAAUCAGUUAAAGGGGAAAAGUGGCAACUCUCAAGUACCUGCAUUUAUGUAGGGAAACAGGGAGUAGCUGCAGCUACUAAAUUGACGUCUUCACAAGCGCACGGGCAUGAGGCGAGAGAGCUGGGACCCAUGGUGAAGCAGUGUGAGGCGGCGGAAGACUGGCAAAGUGGGCAAGUACCAAGUGUGUCGUUUUCACCUUCGCUAAAUGCUUUUUGUGUUCAGGUUAAAACAGAAGAUUCAGGUGUUUUGGAACAUGCCACACUAACUAGGUUUCAUGGACGAGAGCUGUCAGACCAUGAAUUAUCAGCUGAGAUGUUGGACACCCUGCCUGAUUCGCUGUGGUCACAAGGACCGGCGGACGUGGGCCACUGUGUAGAAUGUGAACCGGUAACGUUCGAAAUCACACCUGGCGCGUUUGUUAAUGUUCCACAAUAUCCCUGUAAACAGGAGGCGGCUGAGGGGAUCGCCAACACUCUGGAUGGAUUAUGGGAGGCAGGAGUGCUGGAGGUCUCCUCGUCAGCAUGGAACACACCUAUUUUACCGGUAAAAAAAGCAGAUGGCGUUAAUUACCGCAUGGCACAUGAUCUCAGAGAGAUUAAUAAGGUAACGUUGACACCCUGCGUUCCAGUACCGGACCCACAUAGAUGUGCUCUCUUGGUACAGUAUGUCGAUGACUUACUCAUUGCGACAGAAUCAGCUAGUAUUGGUUUGGAAGCGACAAAGAUGAUUUUGUACAAGUUAGCCGAUUUAGGAUUCAAAGUGUCAAAAAAGAAAUUACAAUGUUGUCGCAGGCAAGUUUCAUUCCUGGUUAAUGUUCGAGAAAUGCUGUCGUUUCUGGGUUUGUGCGGUUAUUCGAGAGGUUAUAUUCCUGAAUUUGCAGUAAAGACACGAGCGUUGAGGGAUUUGGUAAAAGAAAAAGGCAUGCGAAAUUUGACUGCAAAAUUAGAUUGGACUCCGAUGACUGAAACUUUGUUUGCUGAUCUAAAAAGAGACUUGGCUUCGGCUACCAGUCUAACACAACCCAAUUAUGAUUUGCCCUUCCACUUAGAUGUGUCAGUGUCAGAUGAUGUUGCAAAUGGCGUUCUAUAUCAAAAGAGUGGGGGAAACCGUGAUGUUCUGCAGUAUGUGAGUACUCCACUUGAUAGAUUGGAAGCUAAACAACCAACAUGCACAGUGUACGCUGCGGCUGUAGCAGCCUGUGUGACUAAGACUGCUCAUAUUGUGAUGGGCCAUCAACUUUUUAUCUUGACGGAUCAUGGGGUGACGGCGUAUGUGGCAUCUGAAGCAUUUACAAUGUCAUCCCUCCGUCAGAGACGGUUGAUGUCUGUUUUGACCCAGCCUCAUAUCACGUUUGUUCUGACAGGCAUUAAUAUGGCCGACUCAUGGGAGACGACGGGUGAGCCACAUGAGUGCCAGGCCCGCGUUAAACAAGAAAUGAAAGCGCGCCCGGAUCUUUCACCGACACCUUUAUUGUCUGGGAGAGUUCUGUUUACAGACGGUUGUUGUUGGAGACAGGUCUCUGGACCUUUGCAGGCAGGAGCAGCUAUCAUGGAAGCUGUUGACCCCUCAGAUCCAAAUUCCCCAUUCAUCUUGAUUUGGUCGACCAAUGAAUUUGUCAAACCUUCGGCGCAAGCAGCUGAGCUGUUGGCAGUAUGUGUGGCACUUGAACAGUGCGAAGGGGAAGAAGUGACAAUAUAUUCAGAUUCUGCAUAUGUAGUGGGUUGCUUGUUUGUUGAUCUGGCAUCUUGGAGACGUAGUGGUUUUGUAACAGCGACUGGGGAUCCAGUUGCACAUGGAGAUCUCAUUCAUAGGCUGGACGAGGCUGUUUCUAAACCAAGAGCAGUGGCAGUGGUUAAGUGCCCAGGACACAUGAAGGCGAACACUUUGGUUGCCAGAGGUAACCAGGCGGCAGAUGCAGCGGCAAAGGAAGCUGCAGGAUAUCAAGUUUCCGCACAAGGAGCAUAUGUGAUUAGAGGUAAGCAAGCUGAAGACUUGUUACCUGAAAUUACUGUAGAAGUUAUUCAACAGCUGCAGGCUAGCGCGCCGGACAGUGAGAAGCAAGUUUGGAGCGCCGCUGGGGCGUGGUGGAACGCAGAUCAAGGGUUGUGGUUCAGCCCGGGGAAGGGGCCAAAAAGAGUGGUCCUUCCUGAUGGUGAGUUUUUACGACAUGUGUUGGAGGAGGCACAUGGCGUUUCACAUGAAAGCUACAAUAGCAUGAUGUCUAAAAUGCGGAUGUGGUGGCAUCCGAAUUUGCUGAGGAAGGUAAAGAAAUACUGUUCUUCUUGUGAGAUUUGUCAGAGUUUCAGCAUUGGUCCAACAACGAAGAGGGUGAUGCAUCAGACGGAGUCAGGGAGGACUCCGGGGGAUGUGGUGGUCAUGGACUAUACGGACAUGAUCACUCCGGUGCAGGGGAAGAGGUAUUUGUUGGUGAUGGUGGACACUUUUUCAGGAUGGCCUGAGGUGUAUCCAUGUGCAAAGGAGGACUCAUUGUCUGUUAUCAAAGCGUUGGUUAAUCAUUAUAUUCCAACUCAUGGGUUUCCUAGAAUAAUUAGAUCUGAUAAUGGUUCCCAUUUCACGUCAGCUAAUCUAGCCACGGUAGAACGAAUGUUGGGACUCAAACAUAAAUUUGGUUCUGUAUAUCACCCUCAAUCGCAGGCCCAUGUUGAACGAAUGAAUCGUACGUUGAAGCAGCGUUUGGCCAAGACAUGUGCACAAACAGGGCUGAAUUGGCUACAAGCCCUGCCUAUUGUUCUUUUGGCAAUCAGACAGUCUAUUAAUCGUCGGACAGGGUUCACACCUUUUGAACUCCUGACCGGUCGUCUGAUGCCUGGUCCAGCCUCGGCGUUGCUCCAGCCGGAAGUGGACCCACCAGCCGGCUAUAAGCCCUAUUGGGAGCAACUUACUUCACUUGUUUCAUCUUUUUGUACACAGGACGACGCAAUUUCUGCAGCUGAACCAGACGGAUCUACACCACCUUCAUCAAUAUACCUUAAGGUUUUGCAGAGGAAGUGGUCUGAACCACGUUGGACUGGACCUUUUGAAGUUGUUGCUCGAACUUCCCAUGCAGUCCAGCUGAAGGGAAAGGGCAACAAGUGGUAUCAUAUUACACAAACUCGACCAGCCGGAUUUGAAGUGAAAAAGGACUCAAGAAAAUAUAAAAAGGGGGAGGAUAGAAUGAAGGUAACGGACAAGAGGGGAUGGCUGGUGACCCUUGGCAUUCUGGUGAUCUCCCUGGGAGUGGUGUCAUGGCUAUGUACUAAUGUGGACCAAAAAGUGAAAGUGACCCCAUCAUUGUCAAUCGUAGUUCCAGUAAAAGCAGGAGACAUAUAUGAAAAGAAGAAAACUAUAGUUAAAAAUGCGGUAUGGGUUAAGGAGGAAAACGAAGUUUAUGGAUACCGAAGGGGGGCUGAUACAGGAAACUAUUUCUUAAAGGAACUGCAGGCAGAAGGAGAGAUGGAAGCAGAGAAGAUGACCAUGAUGAGAUCGGAUUUGUGGUGGAUGUGCGGAGAAGAAAAAGUGUGGGACAGACUUCCUGGAAAUUGGAACAGGAUAAUUUUAGAUAGUAUAUUAGCAGAUGAAGAAGGAGCCUGUGCUAGAAUUAAAGGUCAUUGUUGUACCAUCAUUCCUAAUAAUACGGCACCAGACGGGAAGAUCACCAGAGCCAUGAAGGGUUUGAAAGCCAUGUCCAUCAAAUUAAAAUCCAUGUCAGGAAUAGAUGACCCAUUGCAUAAUUUGCUGACAGGAUGGUUCGGCAAAUGGAAGGGAUUAAUGAAUGUGUGGAGUAAAAAUGGUGUGUUCUUGAUGGCAGGAAUGGCAUCUGAUAUAAGGAACCUUUUGGAGACCAUCUGUGGCGUCGUAAACCAAUUAACCAGGUGGAGAACGGAUGAGUUGACAGAAGCAAGAUACCAAAGAAGGACGGAUUGGGUCAUCUGCUCCGCCAUCGUCACCAAUAAAGGACAGAUGUAUAAACAUCCUAAAGGGAUUUCCAGACGUGGUGGAGGCGACACAAGAUUUGGAAUGCGACCCCAGUGGCCUGGACCAUAA